UGCGUUCCACUAAUGUAUCGUUCCGUAAGAUAUAAGUUCAAAUUUCAACAUGGCGAAGCAUCAUCCAGAUUUGAUAUUUUGUAGAAAGCAGCCGGGUGUUGCUAUUGGCAGACUUUGUGAGAAAUGUGAUGGGAAGUGUGUAAUAUGUGACUCAUAUGUGCGGCCCUGUACGCUGGUGAGGAUAUGUGACGAGUGUAAUUACGGUUCCUACCAGGGGCGCUGUGUGAUCUGUGGGGGGCCUGGAGUCUCCGACGCCUACUACUGCAAAGAAUGCACGAUAAUGGAGAAAGAUAGAGAUGGGUGUCCAAAGAUUGUAAAUUUAGGAAGUGCAAAAACAGAUCUGUUCUAUGAAAGAAAGAAAUAUGGCUUCAAGAAAAGGUGAUGGAUGCAAUUGGAGAAGAGGAAAAGGACUGCGAGGAUUUUUAUGUUGUCUUUGUUGUAAAUAUUUGUCUUUGAACUAUCAUGAAACAUCAGAAAUUAAAACAUUUCAUUUUAUCAACA